GAACUGGCAACACUUCGUAGAACGUACAGCGCGCGUCGUAUAGUAAGUUUUGAUAUUGGUUUGUCUAUCGUUUUAUGUUGCGUUUAUUCGACAUUACAGGAUUUAAAAUCACUUGCGAUUCGUAUUUAUUACUGUGUGACCAUCUUCAAACAUGUUGCCUCUAUCAUUAUUGAGGACAGCUCAAAAUCAUCCAAUGUUAGUUGAAUUGAAAAAUGGUGAAACGUACAAUGGCCAUCUUGUUAGCUGUGAUAAUUGGAUGAAUAUAAAUCUUAGAGAAGUGAUUUGCACAUCAAGAGAUGGUGACAAAUUUUGGAAAAUGCCAGAGUGUUAUAUACGUGGAAGUACAAUAAAAUAUUUAAGAAUACCUGAUGAAGUUAUAGAUAUGGUCAAAGAUGAUGCCAUAUCUAAAGGCAGAGGAAGGGGUGACGGAAAGCGUGGCGGUGGCAUGGGAAUGAGAGGAAGAGGUGGCAGUAGAGGAUUUAAUCCUCGUGGAAGAGGAGGAACUAUGAUUCGAGGUAGUGCUCGGGGAGGAAGAUCAAGACCAAAUAAAUAAACAUCUUAAGUUAAUUGUAUUUAUAAAUAAAGUCACAUUUUUUCCUUUAUAAGUUAUUGUUAUGAAAAAAAAUUGUACAGAAUUAAACCUAAAGCUUUUAUUUGCUGUACACAUGAAGGAAGUCCCUAAAUCUGUCAUUUUUCUAAACGUGAUUUAGUUUUUGACAAGUGAAAAAAAAGUCAGAAAGAAAACUUUAUACUGAAGAAUUCUGAUUUCAAAUUCAUUUCUGUUACUAAAGUUUUAAAAUUGAGUUUUAAUGUUUGAAUUAUUGAUGUUUAUCAAUAUUGUAUUUUUAACAAAUUCUAACAUUUAUUAAAGUUAGUUUCAAAUGUGCCA